AUGGCUCAAGAACCGCUCGUUGACCUGUCCGCUGUGCUAGAGGUGUUGGAUGACAUUCGCCAGGUUCAGUCACGCCUGAGUUCCUCUGUUGAUUUGCUCGAAGACAGACUCAAUAGAGCGGACCGCGAAGAUAAGCAGCAAGAGUCAGAUGAUGAAUCCCAAGUCUCUCCGGAGGCUCCCGCAUCGCAGUCGUUGCAGGCGCCGUCGUCCAGUAGCUCACGAACCGCCUUCACUUCACGAAUCAUUCUUACUGGUGGUUCCUAUUCCAUUUACCAUGCUCUUGCUGUAGCAAGCAAGGAACUCGACGCCAACCACAGGCCGGACUUUACGAACGCAGAGCCUGCCGUAAAUAUCGGACCGUUCCCACAGUGGAAUGAUGUGAAGAAGAUCGUUUCUAUGGACCCGUGGGGCCACAUGGCGCCCUGGAUAUUCAAGGACCUCAUGGAAACAGAAAACCUUGAUAUCCGGCCGACUAUCGCCAUCACUAAAGCCCACAUGAAGCUUCCUGAACUCGAAGAGAGUGUCAAGUCCGGUCGUCUGGUCCCCGAUGGGAGUGUCUGCCUCAACAGCACAGGCGAUCUAGCUGUCACAAAGGUUGCUGUGGAGCCUGUCUGGUACCUACCAGGAGUGGCGGAACGAUUUGGCAUUGAUGAGGCUACUCUCCGACGGUCCCUUUUCGAGCAUACUGGAGGAAGCUAUCCUGAGUUAAUCACACGGGGUGAUAUCAAACUAUUUCUCCCUCCGAUCGGCGGACUCACGGUAUACUGCUUUGGCGACCCCCAGAAAAUGUCGGAUGGACAAGCACGGCUAUCACUGAGAAUCCAUGACGAGUGUAACGGCAGCGACGUAUUCGGCUCCGACAUCUGCACUUGCCGCCCUUACCUUAUCUUUGGCAUUGAGGAAGCGGUGAAGGAGGCUCAGAAUGGUGGCAGUGUCGUUUACAAUGCCCGCAAGCGGGGGGAGGACAGGGCAUCGGAUUAUUUUCGACGAACUGAGAAUAUCGCGGGUGUGAAGGACAUGCGCUUCCAAGCGCUGAUGCCUGAUAUUCUACACUGGCUUGGGAUUAAGAAGAUUGACAGAAUGCUUAGCAUGAGCAAUAUGAAGUACGAUGCGAUCGUCAGCCAAGGGAUUCCUAUUCAUGAGCGAGUAGAGCUUCCAGAGGAGAGGAUCCCCGAAGACUCUCGUGUUGAGAUUGAUGCCAAGAUCACUGCCGCAUCGAUCAUUAAAUCCGGCGAUCUUGAUGGGGAGGGAUACUGGUGA